CGAUCUGUGAGUGUGGAUUCGGUUGUUCCACACAAAAAUCCAUCUUCCAUCACUUGCUUGUCAUAUUUUCAGGAGAUAUUUUUGGGUCUCCGAUUUAUAUAUCAGAAGACCAGACGACGAAUACAAUCCAUUCAAGCAAAAACAACAAUGGCAACAAUCAACUGCCACUACCUCUCAGUAACCUGCACAUCCACGCCCAUCAAUCAGGAAUCCAAUUCCGUUCAAUCCACGACUAGACCCACCAAGAUCAUUUUGCCCGACAAAAAGCCCCAAAAAUGGUCCACCGGCGUUGCUCCCGGAGAUUAUGGCGGACCACCGACCACCACCAAGCUCCGAAAGUACUGGGGAGGUGAAAAGGAAGACCCUAUCACCUCUGAUGAUUUAAUUUGGAAUAGAGAUUUCAUGCCUCACAUGAAACGCUUGAUUGGGGAUUCUGAUGAUUCUUCCUCUGACCCUCGCUUAUCUACAGUUAAGGAGGAGGCAUCUGGAUUUCUAAGCUUCAACAGAGUCAUGAGUCUCAACAGUAUGGAAGUUGAUUUGAGCAAAGAGCUAUCAACGAUUCCAAAUCCAAUCAUGGAGAAACAAGUUGAGGUUGCUGAAGCUACAAACACUCAACCGAUAAAAUGGAAACCAGCACCCACAAGGCGUGAACAAGAUAAGUGGGAUAGAGCAUCUAAAGCUGCAACUGGAGGCAGUGACGCUAUGUUCAGGGAAUUGAGGCGUCCUAAAGGGGACCCAAAAGUGCUGGCUGCUAAGUCAAGAGAACAAUAUACAAAGUUAAAGAACAAGUUGCAGAUUUUGACAUUGGCAAUUGGUGGUGUUGGCCUGGUGUCAGCUUAUAUUUCAUACACUCCCGAGAUUGCAGCUAGUUAUGGUGCUGGAUUCGUUGGUUCUUUGGUAUAUAUGAGAAUGCUUGGGAACAGCAUCGAUGGAAUGGCAGAUGGGGCCCGAGGGGUUCUCAAGGCGGCAAUUGGGCAGCCCAGAUUGAUGGUCCCUGUGGCCUUGGUCAUGAUCUAUAACCGGUGGAAUGGGAUUGUAGUUCCGGAAUACGGAUUGAUGCACCUAGAGUUGAUUCCAAUGUUGGUUGGAUUUUUCACAUACAAGAUUGCGACCUUUACACAAGCGAUCGAAGAGGCAAUUACAAUAGUAGAAAAUGAUGCUCAAGUUGAUUAAGGUUAACAUGAAUGAAACAAAUUCUUUUUAUGUAAUAUUUGGCCAAGGUUAACUGCUAAGGGGGUCCGAUGCACCCUUAUUGAUCCCUAUUCGUGGUUCUUGUGCCCCAAGGCUAAGCCAACAUGGUUGAGUAGAUGAAAUUAUUAGGAUGUACUUAAUAUUGUGACUUGAGAGCAAGUGUUGUAAAGGUUAGGUUGUAUGAUUUAAUUAAUGUAUAGGUUUUGGAUACCAAAA